AUCUCCUCCGUCCAACCCAUUCUAUGCCAGAAAUCUUCUUUGACACCGUACCUGGUCUCUCUCAGUCUGGAAGAAACCAUAGUUAGAAGUUGGUGAUCAUUUUCAAUAAAACUUCCAACAUGUUCAAGAAAUGCAUCAAAAACCGGGGUUGCGCAUGAAGCAGCGCAGAAUAUUAAGAGAGGGUUGAUAAUAAGUGAACCAGAAGCUAGACAGAUUCUUGGCUAGAGUGAUUUUGAAGGCGUGAAAUGGGAAACACUUCAUCGAUGCUGACUCAAUACGACAUCGAAGAAGUUCAGAGCCAUUGUCAUGAUCUAUUUGAGCAGCAGGAGAUUCUAUCUCUGUAUCAAAGGUUUUGCCAGUUAGAUCGAAACGCAAAGGGAUUUAUAUCUUCUGAUGAGUUUCUCUCUGUACCUGAGUUUGCCAUGAAUCCACUAUCUCAGAGGCUGCUUAAGAUGGUUGAUGGUUUGAACUUUAAGGAUUUUGUGGCUUUCUUGUCUGCAUUUAGUGCCAAGGCUAGUCUAAGACAGAAAGUUCAGUUGAUCUUUAAAGUCUAUGAUUCGGACUGCAACGGGAAGGUCUCCUUUAAAGAUAUCAUGGAAGUGUUGCGUGACUUAUCCGGAUCAUUCAUGUCUGAUGAGCAAAGAGAGCAAGUACUGAGCCAGGUUUUGAAGGAAUCAGGCUACACGAGUGACUCUUUCUUAACACUAGAGGAUUUCAUAAAGAUCUUUGGGAGUAGUAGACCGGAGAUGGACGUUGAAAUUCCUGUGGAUUAGGUUUAUGAUCAUAUCAUCAAACACAACACUCAAAUCUCAUCUUGUAUUUUGUCCACACUGUUACUAGAAUAAUCCUUGUUAAUUGAU